GAAGGCUCCUUGCCCCAGCUCCCCGGCUGCCACAGCAGGAGCGCCCCGCGCCCCAGUCCGGGCCAACGCGCGCCCGAGGGAGUUCUGCAGGAGGCGGGCACCUCCGAAGGUCGACGGCUCCUUCCGGCUCGCUGAUUGGCUCGCUUCCUCUGCGCAGCGGCUCGCCCCGCCCCUUCGAGCCUCCCUCCCUCCCCCGCGGGCUGCCUCGCUUUCCUCGCUCUCGCCCUUUCCCUCUGCGCGCCUCCGCUCGCUUCCCUCCCAUCCAAGAUGGCGGAGAGCCUGCCGGAGCAUGAGCGGAUCCUGCAGGAGAUUGAGAGCACCGAGACGGCCUGUGUGGGACCCACCUUGAGGUCUGUAUAUGAUGAUCAACCAAAUGCACACCAAAAGUUUAUGGAAAAGCUAGAUGGAUGUAUACGUAACCAUGACAAGGAGAUUGAAAAGAUGUGCAAUUUUCACCACCAAGGCUUUGUAGAUGCUAUUACAGAACUUCUUAAAGUAAGGGCUGAUGCAGAAAAACUCAAGGUCCAAGUUACUGAUACCAACCGAAGGCUUCAAGAUGCUGGGAGAGAGGUGAUUGCUGAGACGGAAGAAAUCAUCCACUGUAGACUUCAGCAGAGGAAUAUUACAACAGUGGUUGAGAAGCUGCAGUUGUGUCUUCCGGUACUGGAGAUGUACAGCAAACUAAAAGAGCAGAUGAAUGUGAAAAGAUAUUAUUCUGCUUUAAAGACUAUGGAACAGCUAGAAAACAUCUACUUUCCUAGAGUUAGUCAGUAUCGGUUUUGUCAGAUAAUGAUUGAAAACCUUCCAAAACUUCGUGAGGAAAUUAAAGAGAUUUCCAUGUCGGAUCUGAAGGACUUCCUAGAGAGUAUUCGGAAGCAUUCGGAUAAAAUUGGUGAAACAGCGAUGAAACAGGCACAGCAGCAGAAAACCUUUAAUACUGGUCUCCAGAAGCAAAACAAUUUCCGUUAUGGGAAGAGUGCAUAUAUAAAUAAUGAUGGCAUUCCAGAGCCAAGGAAUAAAAUUGUUUCAAAACAAAACCUUGAAGAGGAAGAGGAAGAACAUGAAGAUGAGGUUUUGACAGCUCACGAUCUGGUAGAUUUUUCUCCUGUUUAUCGAUGCUUGCAUAUUUACUCAGUUCUGGGCGAUGCAGAGACAUUUGAAAAUUACUAUAGAAAACAAAGAAGGAAACAAGCAAGACUAGUGUUGCAGCCACAGUCAAACAUGCAUGAAACAGUGGAAGGUUACAGAAGAUACUUCAGUCAGAUUGUAGGUUUUUUUGUAGUAGAAGACCACAUUUUACACGUAACCCAAGGAUUGAUAACGAGAGCUUACACUGAUGAACUUUGGAACAUGGCGCUUUCAAAGAUUAUUGCGGUCCUUAGAACUCAUUCGUCCUAUUGCACUGAUCCUGAUCUUGUUUUGGAGCUGAAGAAUCUGAUUGUCGUGUUUGCUGACACCUUGCAGGGCUACGGGUUUCCUGUGAACAGGCUCUUUGAUCUUUUAUUUGAAAUAAGGGACCAGUACAAUGAAACGCUGCUUAAAAAAUGGGCUGUAUUGUUCAGGGAUAUUUUUGAAGCAGAUAAUUGCAGCCCAAUUCCCGUCUCCAAUGAAGAAGAGUACAAAAUUGUCAUUAGCAAAUUUCCCUUUCAAGAUCCGGAACUUGAUAAGCAGGGUUUUCCAAAGAAACUUCCAAUGUCUCAGUCAGUGCCUCAGAUUUAUAUCCAGGUCAAAGAAUUCAUUUAUGCAAGCCUUAAAUUUUCAGAGUCACUUCAUCGCAGUUCAACAGAGAUAGAUGAUAUGCUUAGAAAAUCGACAAAUUUGCUGCUGACUCGAACUUUAAGCAGUUGUUUACAGAACCUCAUAAAAAAGCCUCACAUAGGUUUGACGGAGCUGGUGCAAAUUAUCAUAAACACAACGCAUUUGGAACAAGCAUGUAAAUACCUUGAGGACUUUAUAACCAACAUUACAAAUAUUUCACAAGAAACUCUCCAUACUGCAAGACUCUAUGGUCUAUCAACGUUUAAGGAUGCGAGACAUGCUGCUGAAGGAGAAAUUUAUACCAAACUUAACCAAAAGAUUGAUGAAUUCAUACAGCUUGCUGACUAUGAUUGGACAAUGAGUGAGCCAGAUGGGAGAGCCAGUGGCUAUUUAAUGGAUCUUAUUAAUUUCUUGAGGAGCACCUUUCAGGUUUUCACUCACUUGCCUGGAAAAGUGGCGCAGACUGCUUGUAUGUCAGCUUGCCAGCAUCUGUCAACUUCCCUGAUGCAGAUGCUGUUGGAUAAUGAUUUAAAACAAAUUAGCAUGGGAGCCAUUCAGCAGUUUAAUUUAGAUGUCAUACAGUGUGAAUUGUUCGCCAGCUCUGAGCCUGUGCCUGGGUUCCACGGAGAAACCUUACAGUUAGCAUUCAUCGACCUCAGACAACUUCUGGAUCUCUUCAUGGUGUGGGAUUGGUCGACUUACCUAGCAGACUACGGGCAGCCCAGCUCCAAGUACCUGCGCGUCAAUCCAACCACCGCCUUGGCCCUCCUGGAGAAAGUCCACAGAGGAAUGAAAGACGUGAAGAAGAACAACAUCUUCGCCCAGUUCAGGAAGAACGACCGCGACAAGCAGAAGCUCAUCGAGACGGUGGUGAGGCAGCUGCGAGGCUUGGUGAACGGGAUGUCCCAGCACUCCUGAACGCCGGGCGUUUCUGGAGACCGGCGGGCGCAGGCCGACAACUAAGCCUGCCUCUCCCCGGUUAGGGUCCUUGCUCCAUGGACAACUGGAAAAGAUGCUGUGAAAGGGACCGGCCUAGGGAAACAGCCGGAGAGAACCUGAGCGUCUGCAUUGCUGUCAAUUAAUGCUAUCUUAACAACAACAACUUGUAAAAAGGAAAACAACAACAACAACCACACACACACACACAUUAGUAGGGGUGGAAUAGGGCUGUAAAUUUACCAAGGCAAAAUGCCAAAUUGUACAUGCAACAGAGGGAUUGUAAAUAACUUUCUUUGCGGUCUGCGGGCAACGCCUCAAGAUUCCCCCCUCCCCUUUUCCAAAUGACUUGGUGGGGGUGAGAUUGCCACGCAAUCCGCCUCUGCUGCUCCUUACACUAACCCCGAGGUCAUAUUUCCCAAAACAAGGAACUUUUUCUGUUUCAAUAGUUGCCUGUCUCUCUAAAUAUAAAUAUAAAUAUGAUAUAUAUAUAUAUUUACACACACUCUCCUGUAUUAUUUGUAAAUUAUUAGCCUUAAGUGAGAUCCAACAGGUUUUCUAUACCAGAUUUUCUUCUUUUCUUUUCUUUUCUUUUUUUGUAGUGGGGGGCAAAAAAGGAGAGGGUUUUCCUUUUUUUGUAGAGAGCCUUUCCAAACUACCUGAAUCAAAACUCCGGGCUUGGUGGUCUUUGAACAACUGGACUUUUCUCGGGUAUUUGAGCGACGGGACUUUUAUAUACAAUUCUUAAACCCCCCGCGGCGCCGCCCCCCCAAAGUUUCCUCUGCCUGGUAAGGGAUAAGGCAGCGCGAUGCCAAUGUUGUGCGUGUAGUUGUGUAGGUAGGUCUGUGUGUGUGUGUGUCCAUCUGGGUGUUUCUAGGACUAGCUAUUCCCCACCCCACUCCGUCCCCCUCAAUUUUCAACUUCUGCACUGGAGCAGCCUCGUUCGAAACGCAAAGCGAAUGUAUCCUAAAUUCCAAAAAAACAAAUGAACCGAGGGACUUGCAUCAAGAAUGUAUCUUUCUUUCCUUUUUUUCAUGCGCUCCGUGUAUUAAGUUAUUUGGACAGUCCCGAAUAUAGUAAUAUAAACCUUA